AUGGGGAUUGUUUCUUCGGCUGUGUCGCCGAACGCAAAAUUGACCCUAGCCAUAGUCAGCGAGGUACAGAAGCAAGAUGUUUAUUUUGCAAUCAGUAGGUUAUAUUUCUUAAUCACUGUGGAAACACUGAUGGAUGGACCAAUGCAUUUUUAUCAACUUGUGUACAUCAGCAUUCUGACUACAGCUUGUUGCAGCUUGCCCGAAAGAUUUCUGGGAGGGCCACCUCACAACCUACGAAUGGCAUCUUCCAAUUUUGAGCACAUUUUGUCCUGGCAGGCAGAAAGCGAUCCAACUGUGCCAACAUACUAUCGUGUGCUGUACACUGACCGCAGGAACUGGAAGACUGCUAAACAAUGUUCAGAUAUUACACAACUCUCCUGUAAUCUGACAGAUGAUUUUAAAGAGCUUUCCACUCAGUAUUCUGCAUUGGUUCAGAGCAUCAUAGGAACCGAAGUAUUCAAUUCUUCUGUACUUAAUUUUGUGCCAUAUACUGACACAUCCCUGGGACCACCAGAAGUUAAUAUCAGUUCCUGUCUAAACUGCAUAAAUGUCACCAUAAAGCUGCCAACCUCUCACUUCAGAAAAAAUGAAAAACUGCGGUCUUUAAUUGAUAUAUAUCAAGAACUUGAUUAUGAUAUAACACUGAAAACACUUGAUAGAGAGCAUAAGAGACCACGUGAGAAAACCACUGAAGAAAUUUUUAAUACUGUCAUUGAAGAAUUGUAUCCAAAUAGAAAUUACUGUGUGUCUGUUACAGUCACUGCAUCUCUAAACAAACAUUCCAUCCCAUCAGCCUGGAAAUGUAUAACUGCAGACUCUGUAGCUCAACAAGAUUAUCAUAUAGGUGCAAUCGCAGGUGCUGUAUGUUUCUCACUGCUGUUAGCUGGUGCCCUGAAGUGUAUGCAUACAGGAGGUUAUAUUCUUCAAAAAAAAUCACUUCCACAUACCUUGGUAUUCAUCAGGACGUUAGUAUAUUCACCUUGGACAUUUGAAUCUGAAGAAAUAGCCUCUGUAGAGAUCAUUUACAAAGAGAUCAAAAAAAAGGCAAAUGAAUCCAGUGGUGGUGUCAGUGAUAAAGAUGACAGUGAUGACAGUGACGACAGUGACAGCGAUGACAUAAGUAAUCAUGACUAUACAAAGCGUGAUAUGAUAGGUAGAGUACCUCAUUCCUCUGACAGGCCAAAUGCAUUCGUGCAGUACUCUGCCAAUAGAGCGUGUGAUGACAGCAGCAGCCAGGAAAGUGAAAAUCCAGAUGCUGAGCCAGAAGAUUUUGAAGAGCAUGAGACGGACGUUGAAGAAGACAAAGACGCAAGUAGUGAGUUACUUAGUCCUUUCCCUGAGGUAAACUGUAACUAUUCUUCGAGGCAAAGGAACAGUGCUUGCUUUACCAUUAACUUGAAAACUGUGCUGUUGGGAGCCUGUGAAGAGAACGUGGAUAGUUCUGCAGCUCUCCUUUCUUCCCAGGAAGAUGCAGUUGACUGGCAGUGUACUCGUGCUUUUGAAUCAAAACUCCUGGAUGACACAGAAAGUGCGCAGCAACCACACUGUCAUAACGGCUCUCGUGAAUGGCAAAAUUCCUCUCAUUCAUCUGAUGAAAGUGACUCAUCAGAUUCAGAUAUGGACCAAAAAACUGAAUACAUAAGAAGAUGA